AUGAUUAACAGUGGAUACAUAAAUACAACUUAUAUCAUUAAGGGUGCAUUUUAUAAUAAUAAUAGCGAAAGUUUAACUUUUGAUCCAUAUGAACCAAAUGAUAAAUGGGAUUCUAUAAUUGAAAACAAAGAAAUAUAUCCAUUAGAUGCAUCAAAUAUCCGAUUCUUAUACAUUGGUCAAGGUUUUAAUCUCAGCGACACGAACUUUACUAAAAAUCAUUAUAAUAAAAGUGAUAUCGGAAACAUAAGUGAUGAACAGUUAAAAGAUGCCAUGAGAUUAUAUGAAGGAACAGGAUCAAUCUCAAUAACCCUUCUCAAAGACUUUUCAAAACUUGUUAAUUCAAAUUUUAGCUAUUUUUGGAUGGACAAAGAAAAUGAAACAAUGGUUAAUAAUUUUUUAGAUCAAUUUGGCAUUCUUACAAGAAAUAAUACAGAUUAUCAUUUUGAUAUCAUCGUUAUGUCAUCAUCUCGCGGCGUUUUUAAAACGGAAGAAAACCAAUCACUAUUACCGUUUUACCGGUACGAACGUUGGGAUUCUGAAGUUCGAAAAAUUAUUGAAACCAAAACUAAAGAAAACAAGAAGCUCAAUCCCAUUAUUAUAUUCAGUGCGGGUGAUGAAGGUGUUAUUCCAUUGGAUGCGCAAUACAAUACUUUGAAUUAUCUUCCCGAAACUUUUUUAAUCGGGUCUAGUGCCGUAACUGGAGGCAGCGCUUUCUAUUCUCAAUGGUCAUCAGGAUUACUUGCUGUUGCUCCUGCUGGAGGCAUUGACACACUAACUUUUGGAUUAUCUAGAUUUUAUCCAAGUAUAAAUGUGGCGGAUUCAAUCACUGGGGAAAACAGGCAAGGUUAUGGAUCAAACAUGGCUGCAGGAAUAUUUGCUUCUGUUGUUGCUAUGAUGAAAAUUAAAUUUAAUGAUCCAGAUUUUGAUUACAGAACACUUUUAUACAUGGUUGCAUUAACAUCUACAGUUAUUGAUGAUGAACAUCCUAUGUGGAUUAAAAAUACGGCUUCGAUAAAGUUUAAUCCUGCAUUUGGUUAUGGAAGAAUCAACUUAGAUAAGCUUUUAGAUGAGAACAUAUUCAAAGAAGUUAAAGAUCUGAAAGGAAAUCUCGUAGAACACACAAUUCGUUUGAAAUAUUCAGUUAAUGAAACUUUUCUUAGGUUUGCAGGCGAAAAUGAUACAGAAUAUAACUUUACUUUCCCAAAGAAUACUAAAAUGACUAGAGUAGAAACAGUUAUGUUCACUUUUUACUUGCAAAAUUUAUUUAAUUCAGAUCUUCACAUUCGAAUUAAAAGUCCAAGUGGUACUAUUGCUACCAUCAGAUCUGGAGAAAAAGGUGAACAAAGAGCUCAAGAUUUCAAAACUUUACCUAAGAUGGAAUUUGCAAUUUUAAGUCGAGAAUUUUUAGGAGAAAAACCAGAUGGAACUUGGACAGUAUAUAUCAAACAUUGGAACUAUAUUCCAGUAGAUAGAAUUUGGGGAAUGAAAUUGUCUUUCACAGGAUCAGAUAGUUCAAUAAGUUUGACUGAUCAUAUUAAACAAGGCAAUCUUACAAGGAAACCAUAUAUUCAUGACAACAAAGUUAACAUCAAAUUUGCUGAUGAUAAACCAGAUGAUACACCAAGGCAAUGUAUGGAAUUACAAACAGUCACAUUUAAUUUGGAUGAUGUUGGUAUUUCAUUUGCUGAUAAUAUCAAUGGUUCCGAAAUUCUUUACUUAUCAUAUUAUCUCAAAAGUGUUAUCAAUAAUAAAGUUUCAAAUCGAAUCUUUGAUCUCAGACCGAAGAAAAUAAACAGGACUGCAAGUAAAAACAAUAUCAUAAAUUAUUCAUUUGUUGCACCAUGUAUUCUUAAGAAUAACUCUAGAAUAGUUAUGGGAGUAAGAAAUGUAUUUUCAAACAAAUCAGUUGAAACAAAACCUUUUAAUUUAAUCAAUAAGUAUAAUAUUGGAAUCAUCAAUAGAAGUGGUUUUGAAAUUUAUACAAAUGAAACAAUGGAGUUUAAUUAUUCAUUUCAUGAAGAUUAUUUUCCAGAACAUGGAAAGCCACAGUUUAUACAGAUGUCAAUAUAUGAUUUAAAGGAUUGGAAACCUAUUUACGCUUUUUCACACAUCAACAAUGGCUCAUUUGUUUUUGAUUUCAAUAAAUUAGAGAAAAAUGUUAAGAAAGGAAUUCUUUCAUUGUCAGCGAUGACAACAACACGAAAAUGUUCUUCAAUUAUUUAUCCAUUUAGAAGAUAUUUAGUAGGUAAAAGGCCAAGCCGUGAUCCGAAGAGGCCAUUCAAGAUUCAAAUUCUUUAUCAAGAGGAUGAAUCUUGCAACUAUCAAAAUACUUCUAUAUUCGAAGCGUAUCAUAGCGGAACUAUUCUGAACAAAAGUGCUCAGGAUUACAAGACAUAUAUUGGAGAUGGACUAAAGGAUACAGCAUACAUUACGCCAAUCGCUCUUCAUCUGUUUGUAGCGGCCUUUGUUGUAUUUGUUUCUAAAUUCUUCAAGAAGAAAAUAAAUCCAGAUUAUUCUACUGAUGAUCUACAAAAACAAACUCAACAAGAGUUGAUUCCAAACAAUGUAAUUUGA